AUGUGUUGCGGCGGCGGUAGGAUCGGAGGGGCGAGCAUGCCGGCCCUGAGCGGAGACUUCCUGGCCAUGUCGGUCUUCUUCUACGCGAUGCACUGCCUGCACGCGCUAGGACCGGCGGAGCUGGCGGCCUGGCCGAGACCCACCCUGUCCGAGCUGCGGGACGCGGCGCGGGGGUUCUGUGGAAUGGAAUGGGGGGCCCUGCAGAAUCGGAAGGACGCUAUCAGCGCUCAAGACGUGCUUUUCAGCACCUCCGAAGAGGGCCUGCCUCACCGGUGCGUGGAGGUGGUGUACAUGACCACGCUCCUCCGGGACGGAUACGGUUUUCCGGAACACUCGCGGAACGUUACCUACGCGCUGGAGGCGGAUGGGAUGGAGGUGAGGGAAGAGUCAUACAGCAGUUUCUGCUGUCGAGGAACCCCGCACAAUAUAAAACGAGAAGGUGGAAAGGCGUCUCCCGAGGUGGACGACGACGCGGCGCGGUUGGGGUUGGGGGGUUACGCGGAAGGCAACGCGUCAGUUGGUGGGGGUGGGGGUGCUCCCGUCGGUGUCGACACCGGCACCAGCUGCUGUAACAGCGGCAUCGGGUGCAUCAGCAGCAGCAUCGCAACCAGCUGUGGCGACGGCAGCACUUGUGGCGGCAGCGGCAGCGGCGGCGGCGGCGGCGGCGGCGGUGGCGGCGGUUGCGGUGGUGGUAGGGUGGCUAAUUAUCACACGGACCCCGGCGGUAGCGGGACCGUCAAGAGCCUUCUCGAGGUAGCGGCGGCGGCCGUGUCUGCCGCCGGCUGGAAUUGGAGGACGUUUUGGAACCAAGGAGAAAACGGCGAUGCCUCCGCCACUGUCUCCAGCGGGAGAUAAAUGAGGAGGCUGGGCUGCUGCUGCUGCUUCUGCGCGAGAGGGAAAGGGGCAGUCGCGAAACGUUCCAAGCGCCCAGGCUGUUGUUGCUUUUUUUGGCUCGUUUGCAGGACGAUUCUCCGCUGGCAGUUUCGUCUAUUGAGAGGCAUUCGAAGCACCAUGUCCUGUAGGGCAGAAGGCUUGAUUGGUAAGGAAGAUGGACAAUACUCGCCUUUGUCGGGACGUCUGGGGUGAUGCGACCUCCGCGUACGUCGUGCAAAACCCGCCCUGGAAGGGGAAAUGAUUUUCUCUCGUACAUAGAACUCUCCCGCUCAAAGCGACCGUUGUUCCGAAAGGCGUAUUUGUGCGCGUGUAGACGAGACGGCACAUAGCGUGUGGGUAGAGCUAAUGCUAGGGCCAGAGGACGGUCGUUCGGAUUCCUGGGAUAAGCGUCACGGGCUAAGGCUUGUGACCAAUUUGUGUAGAAAGCAGGGAUUCGUUCGGCGUCGUUAGGCUUAAGCUGGUGCCAGCGCGCAGUAAAAAGCGGCAAGAGAGCAACACCGACCCCAUGCGACGCGGUAGUCGUAGACUAGAUUGGGUUUGUUCUGUGCUAAGACGAGAGUUUAUCGUUUUUUGUGGUUGCGACUGUACUAUGAUAGAACGACUAGAUUUGACCCUCUUGUGGUACACAUUGUUGGCUUGUUCUCGGCAAAUAGCUGAGGCGAUACAGAGACAUGGUGUUUAUCUUGAGGUCGGAGAAAGCCGCAACCGUUGACAACUCCGGCGAUGCCGUCUUGCUGUGCCAGGUCAAACAGUCCACUUGCUCCGUACAGUAGAACAUACAUUAAUAUGCGCUUUUUGUUGUCUGUUUUUGUGAGGUGGCGUAUUUAUUCACGGGAGGGAGGGGGGAGGGAAUACCGUUUGAUCGAUCGCAAUUUUGAUGGAAGCCUCGGGGUCUCCUUUCCUUUUCGAGUGAAGUAAUGACGUGUGUGCAUUGUUCCAUCAUUACAUCACUCACAGAGUAAAAAUGACCGAGACUUCGAUAUAUUUCUCGCCAUUUUUUGGGAUGCAAUGAGGAUAGCAUCGGUUCAAGCAACCGUUGAUAAUAUUGUCGUGGUUGCUGUGUAUGAAACAAUUUUACGGAUGUUGUCGUCGGUGUGGUUGUGCCAAGAUGGCCGAUGUUUGGGAGGGAGAAAGAUGGAACAGAGGUUUGUAUCUCGCUUCUGGAGCAGGUGCUUGUGGUGGUUGGCUCUGUAUUUUCUGCUUGUUACAACUGUAGUUUUGUUUUGCUUUCCAUCCGCCCUAUUCCUUGGAAUUUGCGCGCAAAGAUAGAACUUUUGUCACACCACUCUAUCUCUGUCGGUGAAAGUGUCGAAAUGGUGUGACCGUUUCUUUCAGGUCUGGUUGUGCAUGUAGUAUUGGUAGAAGUUGUCGUUGCUGUUGUUGGUGCUGGGUGUCAGGGCUGCGUUGUCUGUGGACGGUGGGAAAUUGAGGCGUAUAUACAGCCCAUACGCCUUCAUAGCGAGAAAUGUGGACCUUUUCCAUUGUGGAACGAUUAUUUUACUUGUGUUCUUUUCGGGGGGAGGCGCAGGUUGGUUGUGGGUGUUUACGGUUGUAGCAUCAACGAAUCAAUCCGUGCUGGUGCUUAACGAUGGCACUAUUUCUGGCAUUAUGACAGUCGCAUUGUCUCCUUUUGUUUUCGUCGUGUGCGUGUUUCUGGCGUGCCGUAUCCCGGCAAGCUCAUCAUCUCUUGUUCCGAUGUAACAUGGGGGGACAGUGACAACGGGGGGCAGUAAAAAGAUGCACUGAUAGUACACCCACCUGAAGCCGAUCUUCUCGUUUUGUGUGCUCAAACUUAAUGUGUAAUACAACCUCGUAUGGCUUGUACCGUAGCCCUUGAGUCGCCCCUUCGCGCGCUGAAACGUCGUUCGCAGCGUCAGGUUUCGCGCCCCGGUUUUUUGCGGAGAGAAGGCACUAUAUGGAUGGGGUCUACCCCAGGCACUAUAUCGGGUCUGGCCGAGUGGCGUAGUGGCUUGGAUUUUUCGGGGGUGUUUUUCCGAAGAUGUUUGUGGAAAACAGGCGGCUAAAAUAGUACAAAUGACGAACAGGUCCAACUCAUUGGGGGAGGGGGGCAGGGCGAGGCCCGCAAGCUUUUCGCUGAAACUAGAGGGGGAAGGAGCUAUC